AUGUCUGCGCUUCGUUCUCAACCAUUGCAGCCAUUGAAUGGCGGCCAAUUGAAUGUCAGAUCUAACAACAUAACACCAAUUAAAGGUGCAAGACGUACAAAAGAAACCAUACCUGAGCAAAAACAACAAACAAAGAAGAAGAAAGAGAAACUAUCGGCAUUAUGCAAGACUCCCCCCUCCAUUGUUAGAACAAGAAAUGGUCGAGAUUACCAACGUGGAACCUUUUUGGGUGAAGGAGGCUUUGCUCGUUGCUUUCAAAUGAAGGAUGCAUCAGGCCAAGUCUAUGCUGCUAAAACUGUUGCCAAAGCUUCCAUAAAAAAUGAAAAAACAAAGACAAAGCUUCUAUCUGAAAUCAAGAUUCACAAGUCGUUGAAGCAUCCCAACAUUGUCAACUUUGUCGAUUGUUUCGAGGAUGACGUCAAUGUUUAUAUACUUCUUGAAAUAUGUCCCAACCAAUCGUUGAUGGAGCUUUUAAAGAACAGAAAAAGAGUCUCUGAACCUGAAGUUAGGUUGUUCAUGGUCCAAGUAGUUGGUGCCAUUAAAUACUUGCAUUCAAGGAGAGUUAUUCAUAGAGACUUAAAGUUGGGCAAUAUAUUUUUUGACCCCGACAUGAACUUAAAAAUUGGUGAUUUUGGGUUAGCAUCUGUUUUACCUUCCACCGACUCAAAAAAAUACACUGUCUGUGGUACACCAAAUUACAUUGCGCCCGAAGUUUUGGGAGGUAAAAACACAGGUCACAGCUUUGAGGUGGACAUUUGGGCUAUAGGAAUUAUGAUGUAUGCUUUAUUGGUUGGUAAGCCUCCCUUCCAAGCCAAAGAUGUCAAUGUGAUCUACGAAAGAAUCAAAAAGACAGAAUAUUACUUCCCUGAAGACAAACCCAUCUCGGAGGCAGCUAAAAUUUUGAUCAAGGACUUGCUAAGCUUAAAUCCAUUGAAUAGACCCACUAUUGAUGAGGUAUUGAGCUACGAGUGGUUUAAUGGCCCCUUCCCAGGGAAAACUCGGGAUAUCAGCUUGAGCGAAAUGCCUGAAGGACUCGACCAAAUUUCAAGAGCCCAGUCCAAGAUGAAUUUUAAGCAUGCCAAGGACAUGGCUGGGAUUUACACACCAAAGAGUAAGGAUCCAGUGGAGAUUUUAAGAUCAGACUUACACUCUGAACAACCAAGAGCUUUGCUUCCAGAAUCGUUAUCGCCAAACGAUACCAAAAACAAAUAUCGUGAAGUGGAUCCCGAGCAAGUUGGCCGUCCAAGACGUGUCAAUUUCAACUCACAUUUUUCUACCACCAUUAAACGUCUUAAUCAAACUUGUUUUGAGACUUAUCAAAAUAUAAGAAGAUUGGAGCAUUCGAGACAUGAGAAUAUUGAUUUAUUUGAACUUCCUGUAUGUGAAAAUCCUACCUUGAUCAGCAAGUGGGUUGACUACUCCAAUAAAUAUGGUUUUUCCUAUCAAUUAAACAAUGAUGAUAUCGGGGUCUUGUUCAAUGAUGAAAACACGUUAUUGAAACUUCAUAAUUCUAACAAAUUUUUGGAGUUGAUCUAUCACGAUGGAGAAGGAUGGACGUGUAUUGAAAAUUCCUUGAGUCAUCCACCAGCUCAAGCCAAAAGACAAUUAGAGAUUGUUGACUUUUUUGCCAAAUACAUGAAUAGCAACUUGUCAAAAGUGAGUGACAAUGAAGAGAGGAAAGAAAUUGUUUUCUUGAGGCGGUACAGCAGAACUUCCGAAUACAUUAUGUUUGAGAUGACAAAUGGAAACUUUCAAUUCAACUUCAAGGAUCAUCAUAAAAUCUGCAUUUCGAAGGCAGGGUUGGCUAUAACGCAUGUUUCACCAAACCGUUUAACACUGACGCAUCCCUUAAUUAGCAUUCUUCAAGACGGCAAUUUCCCUUCCGAACCAGUUCCAGAAUGCUUGCAAAAGAUCGCCAUUAUUAAAGAUGCAAUAAAGAGAAGGGCCUUCAAAGAGGAAUAG